AGAGCUAAUGUCUCUUGACGUGCCGGUGACGUAACCUCACCAAAGUGGUUUAUAAGUUCAAUCCGCGGUGAAUGCUAUGUCCUUUGACGACAAACUAUCGAGAAAAGCUUGAAGACCUCAGUCACAAUGAAAGCGAUUGGCGUUGAAGAGUACGGUCCCAUUGACCACCUCCAGGCGAGGGAAAUCCCGAAGCCUUCCGAGCUCCAGCCCCGGGAUUUGUUGGUUCGGGUCAAAGGAGUAUCCGUGAAUCCAGUGGAUACGAAAGUGAGAAACGGAACUUACGAUGAUUACCCAGACUACUAUGAUAAUGUCCCUCGACCGUUCCAAAUCACCGGAUAUGACGCUGCAGGUGUUGUGGAAGCAGUUGGCUCUGAGUGCUCCUACUUCAAGGUCGAAGAUGAGGUCUUCUAUUCCGGAAGUCCUAUCAGGCAGGGUUCCAACGCAGAAUAUCAAUUGGUGGAUGAAAGGAGUGUGGGACAAAAGCCGAAGCGUCUGGACUUCGUCGAAGCCGCUGUCAUGCCUCUGACAUAUAUCACGGCCUAUGAAGCCCUAGUGGAGAGGCUGGGAAUCAAGAAAGGCGAGCGAACAGCAAUUUUGAUCAUUAACGGCGCUGGUGGAGUCGGUGCUGUGGCAAUUCAGAUUGCGCGCGUGCUGCUCGAAGUACCGGUGGUCAUCACGACAGCCUCGCGACCGGAGACAAUCAGCUUUGCCACAGAGAUGGGUGCUACGCACGUUGUCAACCACCGGGAGGACGUUUCAAAACAGGUAGCAGAUCUGAACCUUGAUCUCCCUUUGAAGUACAUUUUCAUCACACAUUCCACGGACCAGUACAUGGAUACAUGUGCCAAGGUUUGUGCUCCAUUCGGUAAGGUCUGUUCGAUUGUGCAAGGCCAGGCGAAAAUGUAUGGGACCGAGUUCAUGUCCAAAUCUCUCACAUUCGUUUGGUGUCUGCUUGGCACGAAACCGUAUCACAAGGUGGAUAUUGAUUCGCAUCAUCGCAUCUUGGAGGAACUCUCGGAAAUGAUCGACUCUGGAAAGAUCAAAUGCCAUUUGACCAAGCGACUGAAGCUCACUCUCGAAGGUGUCAGGAAAGGGCAUGAACUACUUGAAUCUGGUGGAAGCAUAGGGAAGGUGGGCUUGGGGCCGGACGAAGCAGGGUCCGGAGAGCCAUUCGCUUGAAUUGAUUAGCAUAGAGACAUUGCUACCGCAUGUUACAGCAGCAUUUGGUAGGAUAAUAAUCAUACACUGGUAUAAUACAG